AUGCAGGGUGCAACUGGAGCGCUGAUCACCCUCCUCCGCAAGCUCGGCGAGCUGGCCGUGGCUGAGUUCACCCUGGACAAGCGGGUGAAGAAGCGCGUCGAGUCCCUCCGCGAGGAGCUGGACAUGAUGCACGCGGUCCUCCAUGAACUUGGCGACGUGCCGGCGGAGCAGCUCAAACCGCCGGUCCAGAUCUGGGCGGCCAAAGUCCGGGAGCUCUCGUACAACAUGGAGGAUGCGGUGGACACCUACAUGGUCCGCCUGCACCACGACAGCCAUGGCGACGUCGGCCCCAACAAUAUGAAGAACAGAGUCAAAAAGUUCAUCAAGCGAACCAAAAAGCUGUUUAGCAACGGCAAGGCUCUCCAUCAGAUCUCCGGCGCCGUCCGAGAUGCGCAGAGGCACGCCCAAGAGCUGGGUGAUCUCCGCAAAAGGUACAUGCUGGAGGUGCACACCAAGGGUGAGGGGAAUACCAUUGACCCUCGCCUGCAGGCUGUGUACAAAGAUGUCAUGGAGCUUGUUGGCAUCGAGGGCAUACGGGACGAGCUGAUCCAGAAGCUCCUCGGCGAAGAUGAGAUGUCCAGCAAACAACUCAAGACACUGUCUAUUGUUGGAUUUGGUGGAUUGGGCAAGACAACACUUACCAAAGCUGUGUAUGACAAGAUCAUAGUGCAGUUUGACUGUGGAGUGUUUGUUCCAGUGUCUCGGAAUCCCAAUAUAACAAGGAUUUUCAAGAAGAUGUUGUACGGACUUGAUAGGAUUAAGUUUGCAGACAUCAAUGAAUCUGUUAGAGACAAUCAACAACUCAUCGAUGAGUUGAGAGCGUUUCUUCAGGAUAAGAGGUACUUAAUCGUGAUUGAUGACAUAUGGGAUGAAGAAGCAUGGGAAAUUAUCAAGUGUGCUUUCUCUAAGAGUGAUCUUCGCAGCCGAGUAAUAACAACAACCCGCAUAAACAGUGUCUCUGAAGCUUGUUGCCCAUUUAGUGGUGAUAUUAUUCAUGAGAUGAAGUCUCUUGAUAAUGAUGACUCCAAAAGGCUUUUCCAUAAAAGAAUAUUCCCUCAAGGAUGUCAAUGUCCCGUUGAAUUAGAGCAAGUGUCUAGAGAAAUUUUGAAGAAAUGUGGUGGAGUCCCACUAGCCAUUAUUACUAUAGCAAGUCUUUUGGCCAGCAAUGAUAAACACAUAAAGCUAAAGUAUGAAUGGGACAAGGUACUUAGUUCUAUUGGCCGUGGACUUGCGGAAGGGCGCACCACGAAGGAUAUGCAAAUAAUACUAUCAUUUAGUUAUUAUGACCUACCAUCUCAUCUCAAGCCUUGUUUCUUAUAUCUCAGUAUAUUCCCAGAAGAUUAUGAGAUAGAUAGAGACUUGUUGAUAUGGAGGUGGAUAGCUGAAGGCUUUAUCCUGGGUGGACAACAAGAAAUUAGCCUAUUUGAGGUGGGAGAGACAUAUUACAAUGAGCUGAUAAACAGAAACUUGAUUCAGCCAAUAUAUGCUGAUGUUGAAUUUAGGGCGGAAGGUUGUCGAGUACAUGAUAUGGUACUUGAUCUCAUAUGUUCUCUAUCGAGUGAAGAAAACUUCGUUACUAUAUGGGAUGGCUCUAAGCAAAACAAGAACAAUUCAGAUAGCAUGGUUCGUAGGUUAUCUUUUCAAAAUAGCAUGUCAGAGCUGACCACUCAUCAGGUUGAUGCCACAAGUAUGUCAAAAUUGAGGUCUGUUACUCUGUUUAGAACUGAUGAUAAUCUGAUCCGGUCUCUUUCAAGCCUCCAAUUGUUGCGUGUGCUGGACUUAUCAGGUUGUGAUCUUCGGAAAAGUAGCUGCCAAAUUGAUCUUAGGUGUGUUGAGAAAUUAUUACACCUGAGGUACCUAGGGCUGCGAAAUACACUUGUUGACCCUCUCCACAUUGAAAUAGGAAAACUUCAAUUUUUGCAAAUAUUGGACUUCACGCCAGGUAAAUCUUUGGAGGUGCCAUCAAGUGUUGUUCGGCUAGGAAAUUUGAUGUGCCUAUAUGUUUAUGAGAACACGAUAUUACCGGUUGGGAUAGACAACUUGGUGUCCUUAGAAGAGCUGAGUGUUGUGACGGUGGAUGGUACUAAUGCGACUGAGAAAGAGCUAGGGAAGCUGGUGCAGCUGAGGGUGCUUCGCCUUUGGUGGAAGGGAGACGAUGAAAGUGUGUGUAAUUCUUUGUUGAUGUCCUUGGCCAAUUUGCAGAAAUUGCGUACUCUAGUGAUUGAUCAUUAUGGGGAUGUAAGGUUCGAUGCCAACUGGGACGGCUGGGUGCCCCCUCCACACCUCCAUGCCCUUUGGUUUGCUAGUUGUACCUCGACACUGCCCAGAUGGAUUAAUUUAUCAUUGCUUCCCGUCCUCUCCUACUUGUUUAUACAAGUGGACAGGGUGAGGCCGGAGGUCGACAUGCAGAUCAUUGGGAAAUUGCCCGCUCUUUGUUUUCUCAAUCUGAACACCACCAGAGCCCAAUACACUCCUGUCGAAGGAUUCAUCAUUGGCCAUGAUGCAUUCCCUUGCCUGAGAGAGUGUAUGCUCACUAAUUUCCAGAUAGGGCCAUCUAUGUUUCCACGAGGAUCUAUGCCCAGGCUUGAAACACUUUACUUCUGUGCCCGAGCAUCGCACAUCACUGGUGGUGACUUGGAUGUUGACAUGCGGCACCUCCCUUCUCUACAGAAAGUCACGGUUCGUCUUUGGUCUGAGGAAGACUGCUUGCCAGCAGUGCAGAAAGCGGCUGAUAUGCUGAACAAAGCAUUGGACGUCCAUCCCAACCACCCCGCCCUUCAUCAUUGGUUUGAGGAACCUUUACCCGAAGAACGAGUACAAGCAAAGGAGCCUGCAGCAGCCAUCACUGUGAGCGACCGAGGAAGCGAGGCAGUUGUGAUGUAG